UUUCAGAAUAAACUUUCUGCAGAUAACUAUCUUAUAAAUGCAUACUACUCGAUGAAAGCUAAAUUUCUAACAUCAUUGAAGGCCACUUCGCGCAGAUACGAAUUACCUGGUUUCUUCACCUUCCAACCGCACAUAUUUGACAAAAAUCUUACCGUGGUUAUGACAUCCGGAUUAUUACAUCCACCGUUUCUAAAUACAUCACAAAUAAUGCCGGAAAAGUAUGGAAUUCUUGGUUGGCUUCUCGGUCGUCAGAUUAUGUCUGCAGUUUUCAGAAAUGAACACGUACAAAAUCAAUCAGAAUAUCAGUCAAAGUGUUCACCAAAUGCUUCUACACCGUUAAGAACUCAACUGUGUUGUUUAUCAGAACAAGUCAACUCUGAAAGACUUCAGAAAGAAAAUUUGGAACAAUUGUCAGCUGGUAUAAAUGGUCUUAUGCUAUCGUUCGAAACAUACAAGAGAAGUUUAACUGGAACACGUGAAAGCUUAAAUGAAAUGAAGUUGUUUUUCUCAGCAUUUGCGAAAAUGGUGUGCGGCGGCUUAUCAUCACAAAUUGUUGAUGACGAUUUACGGUCGUCAAUCCAAGUCUACAAAUCCAGUGUGAACGAUGUUGUGAAACACAGUCAAGGAUUUUCAGAAACGUACCAAUGUAAGAGUGGUUCCGCAAUGAAUCCUAUGCGCAAAUGCAUUAUUUAAAAUAAAACAUUCAUCAUGUGUGUGUGUG